AUGUUAGUCAAUGGUCCGGCAAUUCCUAUAAGCGGAAAUGAAGUGCGCGUUUUGUCGACUCCAAACGAGUUCUACGAUCAGCUGAUUCAGAACAUUGCUGAUGCAAAAGAUCGACUGUUGAUAACUUCUUUGUACAUUGGAAAUGGAGAGAAAGAAGAAAAGCUGUACCGGGAAAUUGAGAGAUUUCUUGACAGAGGAGGCCACGCCACGAUUAUCGUAGAUCAUGGACGUGGUCUUCGAGGCGAUAAAAAAUCGACUUACGCUCGCUGCUUACAGAUGUACAAAAAAUACUAUCAUAAUUUAACUCUUGGAUAUUUCUACUCGCCUCUUGUUGAACAAAGCAAAAUCGUCAAAAGAAUCAGCCAGCUUCAAGAAACACUAGCAACGCAACACACCAAAAUCUACCUCGCUGAUGACCAGCUCAUUCUAUCCGGUGCAAACUUAGAAACAGCCUAUUUUACAAACAGACAGGAUCGAUACAUACAGUUCUCAAGCCGUAAGCUUGGAAAUUACUUCUCCAGACUCGCGGAAAUCAUCGCAAAACAUUCUUAUUUGAUGGGAUCGCCUGAUGAAGGCCUGAACGAUGCCCGAAAAGUGGAUUUUUCAACCUUUCGAGAAGAAGUAAACGCUCUUCUUGGCGAAUACGACGGUCAGAUGAACGAGAAUGCUUCUCCUGAACUCGAUACGAUUUUUCAUCCGAGUGUUCAAGCCGGCUGGGCCGAUGUCAGAUCAGAUGAGCAUUUAUUGGAAAGUGUUCUCUCACAAUUGUCAGAAACCGAUCAAAUGUACUUCUGCUCUGGAUACUUCAAUCCUCCGUCGCCCCUUUGCGCCGCAAUUUCAAAUACGAAGGCUUCUGUAGAACUUCUAUCAGCUGAUUGCCGAGCGAAUGGAUUUUACAAGGCCAAGUUUCCAAAGAGCGGCAUUACUCCGGCGUACCAGCUUUUUGCUGAUCACAUGCUUGAGGAACUAGGAGACAAGGAGUUGAAUUAUAAUGAGUGGAAUCGAGACCAGUGGACUUUCCAUGCCAAAGGAAUGUGGUUCUACUCAUCCUCUUCUUGCUUCGCUGCUUCUAUUGGUUCCUCUAACUUCUCGCACAGAAGCUACUUGAAAGAUCUUGAAGCCGGAGGCCUUAUCGCAACCGAAAACACUUCCCUUCAAAGCGCCCUUGACGCGGAACGCAGUAGAAUAUGGGCAUACGCUCAUGAAAGAAACACUAGCAUUCAAAAAAUUCCAAACUGGAGUGUGAUUUUCUUCGGAACUGGGAUUCUAUUUGGUUAUCACGCUUUUGGAAAGAAAAAUGCUUGGUGGAAGAAAAAGUCGAAGAAGCGUACAGUUACUGAAGGAACCGAAGAUUCUGAAUUUGAAAGCGACGAAGAGUGGUCAGAUGUUUCCGAUCCAUCAGACUCCGAACUUAUGGGCGAUCCAAACGACGAGAUCAUCCCUGGCGAAGAAUACAAGAUGGUUCUCUGCGUUCGAAUGGACUUGAAGAUGGGAAAGGGCAAGAUGUGUGCCCAAUGUGGCCAUGCUGCUGUCGGCGCUGUCAGGACUGCCAGUAUGCGCGUGCCCAAUCAGCUCCGAAGAUGGGAGCGCUACGGCCAACCUAAAAUAGCGCUCAAGGUGCCGACUGAAGAUGAAAUGGACAUUUUGAAAGCUAAAGCAAUGUCACUCAACUUAAACUUUUGCGUAAUCAAGGAUGCAGGACGAACACAGAUCGCUGCGGGCUCGAAAACUGUUCUUGCGAUCGGCCCUGGACCGCAAUCUUUAAUAGACCAGUGUACCGGACAUUUGAAGCUUUUGUAA